AUGUUGUUUAAAUCGGCUCUGACAUCGGCUGUGCUGGCUCUUUCCCUAGGCGUGGACACUGUUGCUGCGUCUAAGCAUGGUCGCCUUGGACAGCUUGCUCGUGAUCCUUUGGAGAGAGCUAAGCGGGCCGUCGACAAUGGCCAUGCUAAGCCAGUUCGCUCUACAAAGGACUACCGCUUUUUGAACGCGAAAACCAAAAAGAAUCUCGUCAGUCAUCUACCUGACGUUCCUUACGACAUUGGCGAAAUGUACUCGGGCCUGAUGCCCAUUGACAUGCACAAUGAGUCGCGGGCGCUGUUCUAUAUUUUCCAGCCUACUAUCGGCGACCCCGUUGACGAAGUCACUAUCUGGAUGAAUGGCGGACCUGGCUGCAGUUCCAUGGAAAGCUUCCUCCAGGAGACUGGUCGCUUCCUUUGGCAGCCAGGUACUUAUGCACCCGUGGAGAACCCCUACUCCUGGGUAAACCUGACCAACGUGCUUUGGGUCGACCAACCAGUCGGAACCGGAUACUCUAUCGGCACGCCUACUGCCACCAGCCAGGAGGAGACCGCACAGGAUUUCGUCAAGUUCUUCAAGAACUUCCAGCAGACCUACGGCAUCAAGAACUUCAAGAUAUAUGUGACGGGUGAGAGCUAUGCUGGCCGCUACGUCCCAUACAUUUCGGCUGCUAUGCUCGAUGAGAAGGACAAGGAGUACUUUGACUUGCACGGUGCAUUGGCCUAUGACCCUUGCAUUGGUCAAUUCGACUACAUCCAGCAGGAAACCCCCGUUGUGCCUUUCGUCAAGGAGAAUGCCAACCUGUUCAACUUCAACGAGACCUUCAUGGCCGAGCUGGAGCACCUCCACAAGUCUUGUGGCUAUUCUGACCUCAUCGACAAGUACCUGACCUUCCCCCCACCAAAGGAGCAGCCGCCUCUCUUCUUCAACUAUACCAGUAUGGCGAGCUGCGAUGUCUUCGAUAUGGUGUACGAGGAGGUCUUCAAUAGCAACCCGUGCUUCGAUCUGUACGAGGUGAACCUGAUGUGCCCACUGCAGUGGGAUGUCCUGGCAUUCCCCACCUCCCUUUUAUACCAGCCCGAGGGCGCGACGGUGUACUUCGAUCGAGCGGACGUUAAGAAGGCCUUGCACGCACCCAACGUGACCUGGUCCGAAUGCUCAAACGGCCCGGUCUUCGUCGGCGGUGACUCUGGUCCCGAGCAAGAGGGCGACACCUCUGCCAACCCCAUCGAGCACGUCCUACCGCAGGUUAUCGAGGCCACUAACCGUGUUCUCAUCAGCAAUGGUGACUACGAUAUGGUGAUCAUCACCAACGGCACCCUGCUGGCCAUCCAGAACAUGACCUGGAACGGCCACCUCGGUUUCCAGGAGAAGCCCUCGACCCCCAUUGACAUCAAGAUCCCCGAUCUCCUGUACAAGGACGUCUUUAAGGAGAACGGUGCCUCCUCUCUGGAUGGUGCCCAGGGUAUCAUGGGUAUUCAGCACUAUGAGCGUGGUCUGAUGUGGGCGGAGACCUACCAGUCGGGACACAUGCAGCCGCAGUACCAGCCUCGUGUUGCUUACCGCCACCUGGAAUGGUUGCUGAAGCGUACUGAUGAGCUUUGA